AUGCCCAAUAAUCCCUUCUCCUCAUCCUCGUUAUGCUCAAACUCAGGACCAGGCCCAUACAAUACAUUCCCCCUCUUCCCCUCCCUCCCCGCCGAAAUCCGUCUACAAAUCUGGUCCCUCAGCCUCUGUUGUCCUUCAGUCUUUCAACCCCGCACGGUGAACAUCGCCUGCCAUCGCGCCGUCCACCCGAUUCAUCGCCGUCGCUACGCCAAAACGUUCUCGACGUCGACACCUCCUCCGUCGCUCCUGCUCGUGAAUCAUGAAGCGCGCACCGAGGCGCUGCGCGUCUAUAGACCGCAUUUUCAUCGCAUCCCUGUCGUGCAGGUUGACGAUGUCCAGAUGCCCGUGGAUCGAUCGGGUUCGACAUCGAGAACAAGCUCGAAUUCGAGAUCGAGUUCGGGAUCGCAGAUAGAAGGAAAUAGUGCGGACGAGGCACAUGAGCAACAGCAUGGGGAUGGAAAUACAGAGAGUAGUCUAUCAGACGAAAUUACCAGUGCGAAAGGUCAGAAGGAUUCAUCCGUACCUGCACCUGUACAGGAACAGAAACCGAUCCCCAAACCAACAUUCAAAUUGCAAUCGAUCUACAUCGCCUUCGACCGCGAGACCCUGCGUCUGCGCGAAGACGUCCUCUCGUAUAUCCCGGAGCUGGAGUUAGGUCUGAUCGAGCGGAUGGUUGUGGAUGUUGCGGACGCGCAUUACUUCGGACACUUUUAUCUCGAGAUUAUCCGGAGCAUGGGACGAUUGAGGACGUUGGAGUUGGUGGUCGGGGUUACGCAUAGUGAUCGUGUGUCUGCGGGACGAGGGGCUGGGGCGGAGGAUGGAAAUGGCAAUGGAAAUGGGGAGAUCGGGGGUAUAGAGGGGUGGGCGGAGGGAGGGAUGAUGCGGUUAGAGAGGGACGUGGAGUUGCUGAUGGAUGAGUUUAGGGAGAUGAGGGAGAGUGAUCCAGAGUGGGAUUGUCCGGAGGUGAGGAUUGUGUUGAGGGAUUCGGGGGUUGUGGUGGGGAGUAUUGAGGGGGGGAGAGGAAGCUCGAUGCAUGAGGGUGUGGAUAUUUCAGCCUGA